AUGGCACAGGUAUUGCAGGGACUCUCGACGCGACCCGCGCUCGGUAGUCACGACACGUGGACGGCCAACGCAGCAUCGGAAACACUGGAUGUGGACGGCGCAACAACAUUAAGUCCGAACGAUGAGCAAGCAGCAGACUCACGAAGCAGAAGCACAACAGCGAUACCAUCCGAUGACAGUGGUUCAGAAACGCAGUUGGUCGAGAACCCCAGAGGCCGUAGAAAGAGCAUCCAGGUUGUUUUAGAGCAAUCGGGAAAGAAAGGCGAAUAUACCUUCACUGCCAAAGAUCCGGUAUUCCAAGAGGUUCUCCAGUCAGGUCUGCGGCGAGAGGCCGAGAAACUCAAUGGGAAGACCAAAGGGAAACCGCGCGAUCUUGUCUUCACACAACAAUUUACCACGUUCGAUCGCCAAAACGCGUCCGCGGCGCACUCCCCAUUCCAUGGAUUCUUCACACUCUUCUGGAUUGCGAUGGCUUUGUUACUCGCGCGAAUAGCAGCAGGUAACUACAGGACGAAAGGCUCCGUAUUUGGAGAUGCAGAAAUUCUGCACUUGAUGAUCGACAAAGAUUUGUUCGUCAUGUUGACGACUGAUGUCGCAAUGUGUGUAGCAACCAGCUUUGGCUUCUUCCUGCACAAGGCCAUUGCCAACGACUAUCUGACUUGGAAUGGCUCAGGCUGGCUCAUACAGUCCUUGUGGCAGACUUUCUUCACCUGCACCAUCAUAUGGGUUACUUUCUGGCGGGACUGGCCUUGGACUCAUACCGUAUUCAUCGUCCUACACGUCUUUGUGUUGCUAAUGAAGCAACACGCCUACUCUUUCUACAACGGCUACUUAUCGCGAGUGUAUCGACGACGCAAUCUGCUGCGUGAGAAGCUACGGCAGCUCGAUGAUAUCAAAGCGCAGGAGGGCCCGACCCAAACAAAUCCUCCGACUGAGGCGCUGACUGCUUCCGGUCUUGAUAGCUCGGAUCAAGGCCAGUUGACGCGUCGAGGAAGUGUUGGGCCAAAGUAUUCUACUAAUCUAUCGAAAGAAGAGUCCGAGAUUGCGUCUAUCGGCAAAGCUAUUGAAACUGGGAACCCGCUGGAUUCGGAGCAAAUUGAAGCCUUCCGACGGGUGCUCAACACUGAGAUCACGAUUCUCGAUGAAGAGCUCCGUGGAAAGUGCACUACCACUGAUAACGUCUACCCGAACAAUUUGACGUUUUACAACUUUGUAGAGUGGGCUUGCCUUCCCACACUUGUCUACGAUCUAGAGUACCCCCGCCAGGAACGCAUCAACUGGUGGUACGUCGCGGAGAAGUCAGCGGCUACCUUGGGAGUGAUUUGGAUUAUGAUCAUCAUCUCGCAAGCAUACAUCUAUCCUGUGGUCGUAGAGACUAUGCGACACAAAGAGGCUGGCAUGUCGCUCGAUGAGCGAUGGAAAGAGUUUCCAUGGGUUGUAUCCGAUAUGCUCUUCCCCCUUCUCCUCGAACAGCUUCUCAGCUGGUACGUCAUAUGGGAGUGUCUACUCAACGUGUUGGCCGAAGUCACACGAUUCGCCGACCGCGGUUUCUACGGCGCAUGGUGGAACUCCGUAUCCUUCGAUCAAUACGCUCGCGACUGGAACCGACCCGUCCACAACUUCCUGCUUCGGCAUGUCUACCACUCCUCGAUCUCGUUCUUCCAUCUAUCGAAGAUGCAGGCAACGUUCUUCACUUUCUUACUCAGCGCUAUUGUGCAUGAAGUUCUCAUGUUCUGUUUAUUCAAGAAGGUCAGGGGAUAUCUAUUUACGUUCCAGUUGACGCAGCUGCCGCUGGCAGCGUUCAGCAAGACGAAAUUCAUGAAAGGGAGAGAUACGUUGGGGAACAUCGUGUUUUGGUUUGGUCUCUUCAUUGGACCUAGUGUCAUCACCAGCUUGUACCUUAUCGUUUAG